AUGGAGCUGGUCGACGAGACGACUGACUAUUACUACGGCAACCUGGACGUCGUGGUGGGCCUCUCGCUGGAGAUGGGCGCCUUGAUGUACCAUUAUGGCUCAGACCGGGAGAACGCCCUCAAAGGCGCCGUUCUGUACGGGUCUUGCACGUCACUGACCCUUGUGCCCCUGGACAUGGGUUGCGAGAGUGGCUCUCGGGCACGCGUCAAUGACACCAACAUUGCAUUCGGCACAGACACCAAACGUGUAGUCCUCAUCUUCGACGACAACAAUACCGUGGCAGAGAAGGUGAAGUACGUUCUGGGGAGGAAGCCGCGGAAGCGCUUUGCCUGGCUCUACUUCGACGUGCACACGGCUGACUUCAUGAGCAGAUGCAACAUGCGCAAUCCCUUCUCACCAAUCCUUGUAUUGCGCAAGAACUUCAGCAUCGGUAACAAGCCGUAGUACGACAAUAAAUGUGGCUGGGAGUGCGCUUCGCCGAUGUGACUGGCGCCACGUAACCGAACUGUAUCUGAGCGAAGCUAAGUUGCAGGAACUCCACAUGCUUUCUUAUUAUAAAAAAGGUAUAUACUAAGAAACCAAUGCAAGUGGCGUAUUGGGGUCCUAGUAUAUACCCUUUUUUCAUGGACGCCGCCAUAUUGCGUAGGCACUGGCGCCAUCCAUGGGCAGUCGGCAGGC